AUUAGUUGUCAAUUAACGGCAGGGAAAAUCCAGUUUACUUUUGAACUCCGUUUGGGCAUGAUUUUUGGAUAAAAAUUUCAGCAAAAUUCAAAUCGUUCGAGCACAAUGGAUGUGAAGCAGCAGUUGCAGCCGCAGGAUGGCAGCAAGGACUUCGAGCUGGAGGAGCACAUCGAGGACUUGAACCGAAACUCCAGCUUGACCACCGUGUGCAGCACAUUUCCAUUGACCUCGAGGAUCGAAAGCCACCAUCACUGGCAGCCGAUGGACGUCGCUAUUGGACAGGCGGGCCAUCUCUUGGGACGCGAAUUGGAAAUGGACAGUGAGCGAAUUGUCCAGCCGGCCAUGUCCAUUCCACUCGCCCUGAAUGCCAUACAUCCUUGACGACAAACGUAAUAAAUUUCACUUAUUGCCUAAGCA